AUGUCUAAAUUUUAUUUUUCAAUAUUAAAAAACAUUGAGUCACAAUUUAAAAUCAAUCUCAGUCAAAUCAAUCAAUAUUUAAAUUCAUCUAACUUGGAUGGGUAUCAAAAAUACAAGAAUGCAACACACUUAUGCAUUGGUGACAUCCAAGACACAAUUAAUAAUAAUUCCUAACUUUAAUUUGAGGUUGUACAACACAUUUUGAUAAUUUCCAAACUCAAACCUAAUUUACCCUAUUAAUCCAUGAUUUUAGAUGUUAUUGCUCAUGCAGCUAAACAAUCCUAAUAAGAGAUUGUUCAGGAAAUCAUCAAGAAUUAUCAAUUUAAUUAAGAGGGUUAAAUGCAUUUGCUUGAAGUCUUAAGUAAUAGCAACUACAACAUACAAAAGGUGUUACUUGAUAAUUUAGGUUCAAUUCAAAACUUAAGAGAUGUUUAAGAUGCAAAUUUAAUUUUUAAAAUACUUGCAAAUCUGGUGAAGUUAAAUAGAUCAAAUUUAUUGACAGAAGAGAGCGUAGCCAAUUUUUCAGAUCUCCAAUAUGAUUUUUGGUUGAAGAAUACUGAGAAUGACUAAAGUUAGACCCAGAAAGAGGAUGCACAUUUAAUUCAGAUUAUGAUAAAAGUCUUAAAGGAUAAGGUGGAAUGGUUAAUUAAAAAAGGAUAGAAAGUAUCAUCUACUACACUCAUUCAGUACAUUUAGUAAUUUAGAUAGACCACCGAAAUAUCCUUUGAUGACAUAAGGAAUUAAAACUAUUCAAAGAAAGAAGAAAUGAUCCUCUUCAAUCACCUCAGAACCUAAGAGCAAUUUGACAUCAUCAAAGCUAUUAACUACAUCAAAUAGAAUCACUCCUCAUACAAUUUGCAAUACGUUUAUAAAUUCCUGAAUAAUCAAUAGACUGUCGACUUAGAACUUCUCUAAGUGGUUGAAGGGAGCAUUCAGAAUGAACGUGUAAGAAUAUAAAAUCUACUGUAAUUCUACUCAGCAAUACCAAUUGAACCAUCUUGGAAAAUCGCUUAGAUUUUAAGAAACAUUUUAAUUAAGGAUUGGGACAAUAUGACCAUCUCCCAAUAAUUGACUAUCGUAGGGCAAUUAUUUAGAAUAGAGAGACUGAUAUAGAAACCAGAACCAAUUGGCAAGUUCUUCAUUCUUGAUUCAAUUUUGAUAAGUAAAAUAGAACAAAUGGUUUUGUAACUCAGAUUUCAAGAUCUGAGCCAAUUGGACAGACUCAAGGUCUACUUUCUUAUGAAUUCCUACUUUGGCAAAGAUUUAUUAUCCAGUAAUUAAGACUUAAGUAAUCUUAGGCUAUUUCAAUACUCAAUAUGCUCUUUACAUCUAGGCGUAUUUGAGAAAUCAAUUUCAAACUCAACCUCGAAUUCAGAGUAAUUUACAGAAGUAGGUUGAAGAGAGUCUAGUGAAAAAUAGAGUUUUUUAUGAGAGAGAGACCCUGGUCGAGAAUUGCUUUGCGGUUGAUUUUAAAUUGAAGAACACUAUAAUUGAAGUGAAUGGGCCACAUCAUUAUUGUUCAAUCGUAGGGGAUACAUUGCCUAAUGAUGCUGUCUAACAUUUAAGCACAAAUCAGGCUAUGUAUGAAACAUUAAAAACCAGUCUAAAAGUACUAAGUCUUUUUAUUAUAAUAGACAAGACUACUACAGAAGAAAGGGUAUAGGGUGAUAAAUAUCCCUUACUUUAAAUGGAAUGGGUGGUGCAUUAGUAAUAAAUAGGAUAAGAUUUUGAAUGAUAUGCUGGAGGGCAUUUCGUUGAAGGAUAGUGAGUUGUUGAGUAAAAUUUGA